CAUACGUAUGUAUUGAUCACUGUAAGUUGAAAUUUUUGCAGUAUUUGCUAUAGACUUAGUGACUCACUCAAUCAAAUAGACUCUUAUAAAGCACGUCGUAGAUGCUAGUUUGUCAGAGUUUAAUUGGAGCGCUAUACAAAGUUGUAAAGUUUAUUCCAAUAUAAAUUCUAAAUUUACGAUUAUAUUCAAUUACUAAAAUGCGAGUUAAUCUCAGUUUUGAGUCUUGUUUAAUCACAAUAUCAGUUGGGGUGCUGAUAGUGUGGGUAGCCGAGGUGUCUGGCACAAGUAUCAUCGUAUUAAAAUCUGCAGAGAAUUCAAAUCUCGACGGUGAUCAUUGGUCGCCACAAGACCCAGAAACUGCAAAACAUGCGUUUAGCAUUGAAAGAGGUGGGCUUUGUUCAACCGCAGAGAGGACGCGGCAUCGACGCCAUCAACAAAAAAGGGGUUGUCCUUGUCGUCGAAUUUUGUGCCCAGUGUGUGGGACGGAUUCUGUUAGCUAUGCAAAUUUAUGCUACUUAAACUGUCAAAAGUUAAAGCAUCCAGAUUUGGAUAUCGCUUACACUGGCAGAUGCAGUUCUGAACAAAUUAGUUUGUGAAACGGUUGGCAGCCGAAAAGACAGGAAUUUUUCUAGAACUUGUGACAUGUGAACUCAUCAUUUGUGAACUCGUCGCAUUUAUAAUUCAUUCAGACGUAUAAUUUGUAAAUACUUGUUAAGUAAAAGUUUUCUUAUCCAGCAAUCGUUAAUUAAUGAUAAAAUUAAAAAAUAAAACAACCCUUUCAAAUUACGUAAUAUUA